UGUGGCGUAAUUUUGUAUGCUGUGCUCAGUUAUUCCUCCUUUGGGUUCCUAACAUUCUCGCUGUACGCCAACUCGAGCUGGACUUUUGGAAGUUGAUUCAUCGAAUGUUUCAAUUGGGCUAACUCGUUCUGUUCCACGUCGAAGCGUGAUGAGUCUGAACAGCGAUUUUCUACCCUCAGCCAACCGGCCUGGUGACUAUCCGUUUGGGCAGUUGUUUGGACGGUCAGAUCUUAAUAUCGCCGCUUCAACUUCAGUCAUCGAGGGCCUUCCAGACGAACAAAGAACUUCUCCUGUCCGGCGCACUUUCCUACUGCUGAUGCUUUUUGACCUCCUGCUUUGUUUCAUUUUAUGGAUAAUAUAUGUUCAGCAAAGCCUUUCUGAUGGGGACAUCAUCAAAGCUCUACGUGAAGAAGUGGUUGGCUAUACAAUAAAAACGUCACUUUUCGAUACAGUGAUGCUGGCUGCCGGGCGUUUCUUGGUCAUCGAAAUAAUCUACGGAGCUUUCCUAGUCUUAACCCCCUGGUGGUCAGCCGGCGUUACCGGUGUUAAUUCCGCUAUCUUUGUGGCCAAAUGUUUCGUUUUUGAUUUCCAACAGCCAAAAAAGAACUCAAUAGGUCUGGCUUACGUGCUGAUCAUUGCAGCUUUGAUUCUGACAUGGAUUGAAACGAGCUUUCUCAUUUACCGUGUGAUUCCACAAGAAAAAGCGGCUGCACACGUGGCCUCCUGUUUGGCACUAGAAGAACCGGAUGAGAGGCAAAGUCUUCUUAGUGGCUUUCGGGGAUCGCGACGUGUGUUUUCCACUUACAGUACCAGUGUGGCCGGCUACUUUACUCCUGUAGGCCCGUUAUUUUCACCAAUCGCUGGCCGCGUGGCUCCUAAGAUGGUCGUCGAUCGCGAAGCCGCUGUUGAUAUCGCCGCCAUGCUCAGUCGAGCCGGAUUGCUGCAUUCUGAAGUUUGGUACUUGCAUGGGCUCGAAGCAUGGGGACAAGAUCCGGCAACUCCUGAUGAGGUCUCUGUUCGUAGCGCCCAUCUACCUGGCUACAGAACAAAGGUGUUCCGUAUGGAGGCGACGUUGGACGCAUCUCCCCGAGUUGUGCACAAUGAGCUCGUCUACAAUCUGCAAGGAACAUCCUCCUGGAAUCCUACAAUUGACUACAUCGAGUGCUUACAAUCGUUUCCCUCCGAAAACAUCGACAUUGUACACAAUGUCUUGCAUUCCGUUUAUGGAGGUACAAUAUCUCCAAGGGAUUUCGUCCUACUCAGGCAUUGGGGCGAACAUGACGAAUGUUAUUAUUUAGGUAUCACUUCCGUGGAACAUCCCAAAUGCCCACCGAUGAAGAACUGUGUCAGGGCUGUACAACCAAUAAGCGCCCUCAUAUUGGAAAACAUUCCACAAGAACCGAGUCGAUGCAAACUUGUUUGGAUCAUAACUUUCGAUUUGAAGAUGAAUGCGGAGCUGCGGAACUUGGUCUGCUCCGUCCAACAACAUGUUAAAUCACUUCAUGGUCGGGACCCAACCGCCCAUCCGUUUGAUACACUCCCUGUCCCGUCGGUUGUUAAACCUCGCCGCAAAAGACGCAGGCCUAAGAGGACCGCUACUGCACAUCUGACAAUAACGCGAGAGGAGACCUCUCAAGACCCGAGCACGAAUGACGAGCUCUCUUCGCAAGAUGAUCGAUCCCGUCUCCUACCACACGAUUGA